UCCCAUUCUAUCAUGAUUUUGGUAAACUCUUCCUUAACAUAUUCAACACUACCACUAUCAACAUUCUAAACCAAACCACCACCAAGGUAACACUUUUCACCAAUGGCUCAAACCAUGUUGCUCAUGUCUAGUGUCUCUAGCAGCCACUCCCUGGGUUUGAAGAAAGAACUUUUCCAACAAUUGAGGCCUAAAUUCUCUCAACUCUCGUUCAACCCUCUUCCAUCAUCAUCUUCUUUCUCUUCUUCACCUCGUACAUUCACAACUCUCGCCCUCUUCAAAUCAAAGACCAAGGCCCCUCCUGCCAAGACCAAGGUUACAAAGCCAAAGGUUGAAGAUGGUGUCUUUGGCACUUCUGGAGGGUUUGGUUUUACUAAGCAGAACGAGCUCUUUGUGGGUCGUGUUGCCAUGCUUGGUUUUGCGGCAUCAUUGUUGGGUGAAGCAGUAACUGGGAAAGGAAUUCUUUCACAAUUGAAUCUGGAAACAGGAAUUCCUAUUUAUGAAGCAGAGCCCCUUCUUCUGUUUUUCAUCCUUUUCACGCUGCUGGGAGCUAUUGGAGGUUUAGGUGACCGUGGCAAAUUUGUCGAUGACGAACCCAACACCGGAGGUGUCAUUCCUGCAGGAAAAGGCUUCAGAGAAGCACUUGGUCUCGGUUCAGGUCCUUUGUUUGGAUUCACGAAAGCUAACGAGCUAUUUGUGGGAAGAUUGGCUCAAUUGGGAUUCGUUUUCUCUUUGAUUGGAGAGAUUAUUACUGGGAAGGGAGCACUCGCCCAGCUCAACAUCGAGACUGGAGUACCGAUCAACGAAAUCGAACCCCUUGUGUUGUUCAACGUUCUUUUCUUCUUCAUCGCAGCUUUGAAUCCUGGAACUGGCAAAUUCGUUACUGACGAGGAGGAUGAUUAGAGAAUAGCUAUUUUUCUUUCUUUAUAUCUGUUGAAACAAAACUUCGUUCCUCAUCUAUCAUCAAUGCAUUCACUUCACAACAAACAAAUCAUUACACUUUUUUCUAA